CAACAACUGCCCUUCUUCCACACCCACUCUUCUCCGCCAUGGUUGACCUAACCAAACAGGAAGAGGAAGCCGUUUCCUUCGAUCCCAAGGCCUUUGACCCGCCAGCAUGGGCCACGACGGGCUUUCACCGCUACAAGGGCGGCAGUAGCAGCGGUGGUCCAGGCGACUCGACUCGCGGCGACUCUGGCCGCGGUGAUCACGAGAACACCGAGGACGCCGAGGACGGCACCGAGGGGCUCCCAGACGUGGGAGUGGAGACGGACGCUGCAGGGCUAGUCACGUUCACUGCCGCCGAGUUGAAGAAACUGCUGGCGACAGCAACACAGCUCAAAGAGACUGGCAACAAGCACUUCACCGCCAAGCCGCAGCGUCUGGAAGCUGCGCGUGAGUCGUAUCUCUCAGCGCUGGACAGCCUACCCGACUGCCAGCAGACACCAACGCCAGCACCUGCACCCGAAGCCUCUGUCGAGGAGGUGGACGACGAUGCAGUUGUCGACGUGGGGCGUGGCGACGACGACAGCGAGAGAAUAGCCAUCGAGGACGGCAUCCGCGAGUGCACCAAGGCGGUGUGGGGCAACCUCGGUGCCGUGUACGUUGCACUGGACCAGCACAAGGAGGCAGUCGAAGCGUGUACCAAGGCCCUCGAGUUUGACCCUCACUACGUCAAGGUGCUGCAGCGGAGGGCGGCUGCCAACGAGAAGCUUGGCUCGUGGUCGUCCCUCUCGUCGGCGCAGGAAGACUACACGCUGCUCUUGACCCUUCUGCCCAAGGCGUCGGGACAGCGUCCUGCUAUCCAGCGCACGCUCGCUUCCCUUCCUGCUCGCAUCACCACUCAGCAGGAGAAGGAGAAGGACGAGAUGCUCGCCAAGCUCAAGGAGCUGGGUAACGGCAUUCUCGGCCGCUUUGGCCUCAGCACCGACAUGUUCAAGAUGGAUCAGCAAGCGGGCGGAGGCUUCAACCUCCAGUUCCGUAACUAGCAUGGUCUGAUCUGAUGGCCCUUGCAUGG